CGCGGCUCUCUUUCUUUCCCGGUGUUAGCGGUUAUCUGUUAGCACUAAAGCGCGGAGCAGCACGAACAGUUGUUAAAGCCGAGUCUCGGUGAAUUUCAGGCAAAUUUAAAGCAUAGAGGAAGAUGGCUUCUGCCGGUGCUCAAGGUAGGAAACGACUUCUAAAGGAGGAAGAUAUGACCAAGGUGGAGUUUGAGACCAGUGAGGAGGUGGACGUCACCCCAACCUUCGACACCAUGGGGCUUCGGGAGGACCUGCUUCGCGGAAUCUAUGCCUACGGUUUUGAGAAGCCGUCCGCCAUCCAACAGAGAGCCAUUAAACAGAUCAUCAAAGGCAGAGACGUCAUUGCUCAGUCUCAGUCUGGAACAGGAAAGACCGCCACCUUUUGUGUGUCAGUACUGCAGUGUCUCGACAUCCAGGUGAGAGAGACCCAGGCUCUGAUUCUCGCUCCAACCAGAGAACUGGCUGGACAGAUUCAGAAGGUGCUGCUGGCUCUGGGAGACUACAUGAACGUGCAAUGUCAUGCCUGCAUUGGGGGGACCAAUGUGGGGGAGGACAUCAGGAAGCUGGACUACGGGCAGCACGUGGUGGCUGGCACACCUGGACGGGUGUUUGAUAUGAUUCGUCGCAGGAGUCUGAGAACCAGAGCCAUCAAAAUGCUGGUUCUGGAUGAAGCUGACGAAAUGUUAAACAAAGGUUUUAAGGAACAGAUCUAUGAUGUGUACCGCUACCUGCCCCCAGCCACACAGGUGGUUUUGAUUAGUGCCACGCUGCCGCACGAGAUCCUGGAGAUGACCAACAAGUUCAUGACAGACCCAAUUCGUAUCCUAGUCAAACGUGACGAGUUGACUCUGGAGGGCAUCAAACAGUUCUUUGUGGCUGUAGAGCGGGAGGAGUGGAAGUUUGACACUCUGUGUGACCUGUACGACACACUGACCAUCACACAGGCUGUGAUUUUCUGCAACACAAAGAGAAAGGUUGACUGGCUGACAGAGAAGAUGAGAGAGGCCAAUUUUACAGUGUCGUCGAUGCACGGAGACAUGCCUCAGAAAGAGAGAGAGUCCAUCAUGAAGGAAUUCAGAUCAGGAGCCAGUCGUGUGUUGAUCUCCACCGAUGUUUGGGCCCGAGGUUUAGAUGUCCCUCAAGUUUCUCUCAUCAUCAACUACGACCUGCCCAACAACAGAGAGCUUUACAUCCACAGGAUUGGGAGGUCUGGACGUUAUGGCCGUAAAGGUGUGGCCAUAAAUUUUGUGAAGAACGAUGACAUUAGGAUCCUUCGAGACAUUGAGCAGUACUACUCAACCCAGAUCGACGAGAUGCCCAUGAACGUCGCUGAUCUGAUCUGAGCUCACCUGGAUGACAUCACUGUGGAGCCUCGCCCCUUCGUUUACUGCUAUUUCCUUUUUUUGUUUUAAAUUGUUUUUACUUAUUUGACUUUUAAGGAGAAAAUAACUGUAAUGGUUGCAGAUUUUUGUAAAUAAAGUUCUUAUGAGUUGC